CUUCCAUGUCCGAACCUAUGUUACUGGGACCUGGUGAAGUGAGUGGUGACUACCCCUUUUGCCUUUUCAUAUAUAUAAGCUUGUGUUGUGUGUGGGAAGUGAAAGAGAAUUUGUAAUUAGCUGUUAAAGAUGAGUGCUUUAUCUAAGAAGAGUGAAGAAUUUCGGAAGAAGAGAGAUGGGUUGGUUAAGAAAGAGUCGUUAACUGAUUCCACUGCUGAGUCAAGAGAAAGCAGUUUCAGUGGAUCAAAUUCAAGUUCCUCAUGUUCAUCAAAUGAAGAAGCAAAAGCAGCAAAAGGGUCUUCUUCUCCAUCUCCACCUGCUCCUCCUCUUGGAUGGCCUAUUCUGAAAGCUGCAGUUUCCUUUCAAAUUGGAGUAGAUGCUGAAAUGAUGAAGGAAAGGUUUGCAAAAUUGUUGCUUGGUGAAGACAUGUCAGGUUCUCGGAAAGGGGUUUGUACAGCUUUGGCCAUCUUAAAUGCUAUCACUAAUCUGUGCGAACCUCUACCUUCUGAAAAGAAAGCUAUGUGGAGAAGAGAGAUGGAAUGGCUUGUUAGUGUUAGUGAUCACAUUGUUGAACUAAUACCUUCUUGGCAAACAUUCCCUGAUGGAAGCAAGCUAGAGGUAAUGACUUGCAGGCCAAGGACAGAUAUAUUUAUCAAUGUUCCAGCGCUUAGGAAACUUGAUAACAUGCUUCUCGACAUAUUGGAUGGUUUCACCUCCACUGAGUUCCGGUUUGUUGACCAAGGAAUUGUAGCCCCGGAAGCGGAUGGAACGGCCUCAUUUCGCAAGACGAGAAGUGAUGGCUCCCGGUGUCCCGUGUUUUAACGAUUAAUGAUUAACGACUCUUAACGUUGUCAUGUCCCUGGGACGAAUGAAACCCAACACAUAAGACUUUGCAAUUUAAUUCCAAUGGUUUUGAAAACCUGCUUCACUCUUCUCCACAAUUCACAACACUCUUCUUCCAGAACCUUCUUCUCAAUCCCCUCUUUCAAUUCUGCUACCUGCAUUCUUCACAAUGAACCUCACAACAACCACAUCCU